AUGGGCUGUUUACAUUCCACGGCUGCGAGAGAAUAUCCUGGACAUGAGAACCCUGUCAAGCUAGCCUCAGAGACAGCUUUUAGUGUGAGUGAAGUUGAGGCAUUGUACGAGUUAUUCAAGAGCAUAAGCAGCUCCGUUGUUGAUGAUGGCUUGAUUAACAAGGAAGAGUUUCAACUUGCUUUGUUCAAGAACAGAAAGAAGGAAAAUUUGUUUGCCAAUAGGAUAUUUGAUUUGUUUGAUGUUAAACGAAAAGGAGUCAUUGAUUUUGGAGACUUUGUGAGAUCACUCAAUGUUUUCCACCCGAAUGCUUCUCUAGAAGAGAAAACAGACUUCACGUUUAGGCUUUACGACAUGGACUGCACGGGCUACAUUGAGCGCCAAGAGGUGAAGCAAAUGUUGAUUGCCCUUCUCUGCGAAUCUGAAAUGAAACUAGCUGAUGAUACCAUAGAAGCGAUACUCGAUCAGACAUUUGAGGAUGCAGAUGUGGAUCGGGAUGGGAAGAUUGGUAAGACAGAAUGGAGCGACUUCGUAAUCAAGAACCCGUCUUUGCUUAAAAUAAUGACUCUUCCAUACCUGAGGGACAUAACGACCACGUUUCCAAGUUUUGUCUUUAACUCGGAGGUUGAUGAGAUUGCGACGUGA